CCCUCAAAAUUCGCUUUUUGUUCCUCCGCCGCGGGAGCACCCGGCAGGGAACUCAUUUCUUUCUCGGGUUUCUCCGCCUCCCCCCACCCCUGGUCCCGUAAAAGCAACAGAGGCGACCAGAGCGCCACGAGCCGAAGUGGUGUCCCUCCGCCUGGCCGCGGGCACUCCUUUUCGUGUCCUUCCACCGUUCCCGGGCGGCGUCCGAGCGGCUCACCGGGGGCGGCGACGCGUCUGCGGCGCGGGCGGUGAGGCUCUGGGGCUAUGAGGUGAGGGCGCCCAGGCACCGGAGGCGGCACGCGCGGCGCCAGGACCCGGGACGCGGAGCCCCCAGGCCAGCGGCUGCCUUUGGGACCCCGAGGCCGCGCGAGAGGCGAGGAGAGAACAUUGAAAUUAUUCUCUAAGCUAUUUGAAGAGAGUGACUCAAUGCACCUGGGUCAGGCUGUCUGUGGGUAUGAAGUGGUUGGGAGAAUCCAAGAACAUGGUGGUGAAUGGCAGGAGAAAUGGAGGCAAGUUGUCUAAUGACCAUCAGCAGAAUCAAUCAAAAUUACAGCACACGGGAAAGGACACCGUGAAGGCUGGCAGAAACGCAGCCGAGAGGAGGUCAAGCAGAUGUAAUGGUAAUUCAGGAUUCGAAGGACAGAGUCGAUAUGUACCAUCUUCCGGAAUGUCUGCCAAGGAACUCUGUGAAAAUGAUGACUUAGCAACCAGUUUGGUUCUUGAUCCCUAUUUAGGUUUUCAAACACACAAAAUGAAUACUAGCGCCUUUCCUUCGAGGAGCUCAAGGCAUUUUUCAAAAUCUGACAGUUUUUCUCACAACAACCCUGUGAGAUUUCGGCCUAUUAAAGGAAGACAAGAAGAACUAAAGGAAGUAAUUGAACGUUUCAAGAAAGAUGAGCACUUGGAGAAAGCCUUCAAAUGUCUGACUUCAGGAGAGUGGGCACGGCACUAUUUUCUCAACAAGAACAAAAUGCAGGAGAAAUUAUUCAAGGAACAUGUGUUUAUUUACUUGCGAAUGUUUGCAACCGACAGUGGAUUUGAAAUACUGCCUUGUAAUAGAUAUUCAUCAGAACAAAAUGGAGCCAAAAUUGUUGCAACAAAAGAGUGGAAACGAAAUGACAAAAUAGAAUUACUGGUGGGUUGUAUUGCCGAACUUUCAGAAAUUGAGGAGAACAUGCUACUUAGACAUGGAGAAAACGACUUCAGUGUCAUGUAUUCCACAAGGAAAAACUGUGCUCAGCUCUGGCUUGGUCCUGCUGCGUUUAUAAACCAUGAUUGCAGACCUAACUGUAAGUUUGUGUCAACUGGUCGAGAUACAGCAUGUGUGAAGGCCCUAAGAGAUAUUGAACCUGGAGAAGAAAUUUCUUGUUAUUAUGGAGAUGGGUUUUUUGGAGAAAAUAAUGAGUUCUGCGAGUGUUACACUUGUGAAAGACGGGGAACUGGUGCUUUUAAAUCCAGAGUGGGACUGCCUGCGCCUGCUCCUGUUAUCAAUAGCAAAUAUGGACUCAGAGAAACAGAUAAACGUUUAAAUAGGCUUAAAAAGUUAGGUGACAGCAGCAAAAAUUCAGACAGUCAAUCUGUCAGCUCUAACACUGAUGCAGAUACCACUCAGGAAAAAAACAAUGCAACUUCUAACCGAAAAUCUUCAGUUGGUAUGAAGAAGAACAGCAAGAGCAGAGCAUUAACAAGGCAGUCCAUGUCAAGAAUUCCAGCUUCUUCCAACUCUACCUCAUCUAAGCUAACUCCUAUGAAUAAUUCCAGGGUACCAAAGAAACUGAAAAAACCUGCAAAGCCUUUACUUUCAAAGAUAAAAUUAAGAAAUCAUUGCAAACGGCUGGAGCAGAAGAGUGCUUCGGGAAAACUCGAAAUGGGAAACUUAGUACUUAAAGAGCCUAAAGUAGUUCUGUACAAAAAUUUGCCCAUUAAAAAAGAUAAGGAGCCAGAGGGACCAGUCCCGGCCGCGGUGGCCAGUGGGUGCUUAACUAGACACGCCGCGAGAGGGCACAAGCAGAACUCCGGGCGAGGCGCCCCCGCGCACGUGGAGGGCGCCCCCGCGCACGUGGAGGGCGCCCCCUGCGCCUACACCACCAGGCGGUCCGUGAGGACGAGGGUGAAUUUGAAGGAGACCUCCGACAUCAAGCUUGAACCAAAUACGUUGGAUGGCUACAAAAGCAGCUUGACGGAACCUUGCCCAGACAGUGGCGAGCAGCCAGCCCCUGCGGUGCAGGAAGAAGAACUGGCUCAUGAAGCUGCACAGAAGGGGGAGGCCAAGUGUCCUAAGAGUGACAGCAGCAUGUCAAAAAAGAAAUCACGGCAAGGGAAACUGGUGAGACAGUUGGCAGAAGCAGAGGAGUCCGCUGCGGUGCGCGAUUCCCCCGGCAGAGCUGGCGUGGGGCGAGAGGGGGUGGGGUCCCACCCUGACCAGGGCGAGCACAGCAGCCUGGAGGGCGUGCCCGGGAGCUACACGGACUGGCCCCCUUCUCCUGUUAGUGGUUCUGUGGUCGCAUCAGACAGCUUCAAAACAAAAGACAGCUUCCGAACUGCAAAAAGUAAAAAGAAGAGGCGGAUCACUAGGUAUGAUGCACAGUUAAUCCUAGAAAAUAACUCUGGGAUUCCCAAAUUGACUCUUCGUAGGCGUCAUGACAGCAGCAGCAAGACAAAUGACCAAGAGAAUGAUGGAAUGAAUUCUUCAAAAAUAAGCAUCAAGUUAAGUAAAGACCAUGAAAAUGAUAAUAAUCUCUAUGUAGCAAAGCUUAAUAAUGGAUUUAACUCAGGAUCAGGCAGUAGUUCUACAAAACUAAAAAUCCAGCUAAAACGGGACGAGGAAAGUAGGGGGUCGUAUACAGAGGGGCUUCACGAAAAUGGGGUGUGCUGUAGUGAUCCCCUUUCUCUCCUGGAGUCCCGCAUGGAAGUCGAUGACUAUAGUCAGUAUGAGGAGGAAAGUACCGAUGAUCCCUCCUCUUCGGAGGGAGACGAAGAGGAGGAUGAUUAUGACGAUGACUUUGACGAUGACUUUAUCCCUCUUCCUCCAGCUAAGCGACUGAGGCUCAUAGUCGGGAAAGACUCUAUAGAUAUUGACAUUUCUUCCAGGAGAAGAGAAGAUCAGUCUUUGAGGCUUAACGCAUAGUAAGCUCUUGGUCUUAAUUUGACCAGGGAUAACUACUUUAAAGAAAUAAACAAUUCCAGUCAAUUACUCCUCAACUGAAAACA